AUGAGAACCACAAUUACGACCUGUUGUUGGUCCGGUUGGCAACGUUCGAAACUUGGGUCGGAUUUAUUUGCAAUUUUUUGCCGCAACUCUGUUUUGGCCAUACCGCAGCUUUUGAACAGACGUAGUUUUGCGAGCUUACAAACAUCGAAGCGUCAGACAAGGAAAAGGAUGAUUGAUGCGUUCUACAUUUUUACCAAAGGAGGGUUGCUCCUUUGGUCGACCCAACUUGUCAAGGUCAAAGGAAAUCCGAUCGACCGCUUGAUCAAGGAAGUGUUGUUGGAGGAAAGAGUUGGGGAGACGUUUGCAACGUUGGAUUCGUACAAUCUUAAAUGGAAAUUAUUGAAUGAGAUGGACCUCUUCUUCGUGGUGGUUUACCAAGGCAUCCUUCAGAUGGCCUACCUGGAGGGGCUUCUUUCAAUGGCUGCAAAGGAGUUCAAUCAUCACAUUGCCAAUUUCGGCAGUGGGCUGACCAUCAAGCAUGUGGAUUUUGACCAGGACUUCCUUCGUUGCCGACAAAAAGCGGACAAGGAACUCAAAGAAUCCCGCAGACCAGGGGGCAUGCGUUCCUUUGCGGACACAAAGAAGGGCGCCGAUGUACAGAAGAAUCGAGAGGAAAAAGGCUUGCCUGCGCCUGCCAAGAAAGGAAAAAGUGGUGGAGCAGAUGGUGACAAAGAUGAAGACGAUGAGGAAGAUGAUGCAGCCAAAGUGGCAGAGGCUCGUGCCAAGCUUACGAAGGCCAAAGGAAAGAAGGAUGGCAACUCGAAGGAAAAGGACGCCGAAGCUUCUAAGCCUAAGAAGGGCAAGGAGGCGCGCCACUGGGAUGGCGGCAAGGUGUCCAAGAGCCUCAUGCAGGAGCUUGACUUCUCAAAGAACAAACCUGAUGAAGCAGAUCUGGCAGCCAAGCAGGCCGAAUUUCUUGGAUCUGGCGACGAUGAAGAUUUUGAUGCAGAGGUGGAGUCACUUUCUUCCGGCUCUGAAGCAGAGGAAGAGAAGAAAGAUGAUGGCCGUGUUGGUGGACUUUUCAAAUCGCUAACAAGAGGUGUCAAGAACAUCACUGGUGGAGCUGUUCUCACAGAAGAGGACUUGGAGCCCAUUUUGAAAAAGUUCAAGACAGAGCUGAUGACAAGGAAUGUGGCGGCUGAAGUGGCUGACAAGUUAUCGGAAUCAGUACGAAGGUCUCUUGUCGGUAAGACCACCGGUCGAUUCACUUCAAUGGCUUCAACGGUGAAACAGGCUCUCAAGGAGUCCAUGGAAACACUCUUGACGCCCAAGAAGUCGAUCGAUGUGUUGCGAGCAGCGCUGGCCGCGAAGAACGCGGGGCGCGUGUACACAAUAGUUUUCCUUGGAGUGAAUGGUGUUGGCAAGUCCACCAACCUGGCAAAGGUGGCCUACUACUUGAAGCACAAGGGAGGCCUCGAUGUCCUGAUUUGCGCCUGCGACACUUUUCGUGCCGGUGCAGUGGAGCAGCUGAAAACUCACUCAAGGUGUUUGGAUGUGCCACUGUUUGAACGUGGCUAUGGGAAGGAUCCAGCUGAAAUUGCCAAGAAUGCGAUUGCUCAUGCAAAAUCCAAUGGUCAUGAUGUUGUUUUAGUUGAUACCGCAGGACGAAUGCAGGACAACGAACCGCUUAUGCGAGCGCUCGCAAAGCUUGUUGCCAUCAACAGUCCUGACUUGGUUCUUUUUGUGGGUGAAGCGCUUGUCGGCAAUGAUGCCAUAGAUCAGGUGACAAAGUUCAACCGAUCGCUGGUUGACCUUUCGGCCGAUCCGAGGAACCCUCGCGGCAUUGACGGGAUGCUGUUAACGAAGUACGACACGGUUGACGACAAGGUUGGUGCAGCCUUGUCCAUGGUUUACGUGACAGGUCAGCCUGUGGUUUUUGUUGGCACCGGGCAGAAGUACACACACUUGCGCAAGAUGCAAGCAAAGGAGGUAGUGAAGACUCUGCUUGGCUGAGUGCCGAUGAUGCAAAGGGUGUUUUUCACACCUGCCCUGAGCAGCUUCCCACAACCAAGGUCAAGUCCUUGCAUGAGAUAUACUUCUC